AUGGGUAUGUUGUUGGAAGGGGGUGGUCGUUUGAGGUAUUUUCCACUAUCCUUUAAUAUUUGUAGUCAUCGAGCAAAAAGAAAGUUGCGGAAGAAACUGGCAAGACAGUUAGUUCGCAGACGCAAUGCACAAAUAAGAGAUCAAAGUUCAGCAAACGACAUUAUUACUGAAGAGGAAGUCGCUCGAAUAGAAGCUGAAGAAAAAUUAGAAAGGCAGAGACAUGAUGAAGAGGAACAAAAAUGGAUUGAGCGCGAAAGGAUUGCUCAGGAGAUUUUCGCACAAAAAAAGGCUUUAGAGGAGGCGGAACAAAAAUCCAAACAAGAUAUGCAGAAAAAUGCGCCUGCUAAAGAAAUCAUUAUUAAGAAAUCUUCCCUUCAGAUGUAUUUAAAUCUUCCUCCAAAUCACUGCCCAGAACCGCCUCAUCUCGACUGGAAAAGGGACGAGUUGUGUCAAUUCUUCCUAAAAACUGGAGCUUGUCGCUACGGUGAUAGAUGUUCCCGACAUCAUCUUAUCCCACCUCUUCACCCCUCCGAUAUUGCCUCCUUAGGAUCGUCAAAUGCCGAAUCUCCGCGUCUUAUUCUGAUCAUUGAAAAUAUGUUCAAUCAUUUCUCCUUUCAUUGCGAUCCUCUUGAGUGCGAGGAAACUCAGUUACUACUCGACUAUCAUGAUUUCUACGCAGACGUGCGUCCAGUAUUGGAGAGUGUCUGUGGAGGUCCCUUGGAAGUUUUUCGCUGUUGUAGAAAUGCCCUACCGCACUUACGCGGCAACGUGUACAUUCAAUUCACUCAGGAUCCUACAAUUGCUUCAGAUGUCGCUCUGCGUCUAAGCAGUCAACGCUAUGACGGCAAGCCACUUGCCACUCGCCUCGCUUAUUUAUGCGAGGGUUGGGAAUCUGCUAUUUGUGGCUGUCACCUGAGGGGAAAUUGCCCGAGAGGCGACAUGAGUUGCAAUUAUCUUCACGUUUUUCCAAAUCCAAACGAGAAGGCCAGCGAUGUUUUAGACCAUUCAUCUUCCCACCGAGCAGGGGAAAAGCUCUCUAGAGAGUCGCGAAGUAGCAGAAGUGGAAGGAAUUCUGAACGACAUUCCAGAGCGCAUCGAAGGAACUCCAUGAGCCGAAGUCAUUCACGAGAAAGACAUGGACACAAAUCGCAUAGACGCGAAAGUCACAACAGAACUGCGUCAGUGAGUUCAAGCCCUUCUAUAGACCGAUAUCGAUCCAAAGAAAGAAGUCGACGUUGCAAAGAGCACUUGAUCGGAGUUUGGAAGCAACCAAAGAAAGGGAUGCUGGACAGCAGGAGCUCUACACGACGCUCUAACCGACUGAGCUACCCGGCCCUGGCAUUCGAGGAGUUCGAUGAAUACCAUCACACUCAUACAGGAUCCGCCCUCUGCAAAAAACAAACCUCUAUAAGACCCGCAGAAUGUCAUGACACUGGAGCUUAUAACUUAAGUGGAUCUUUACGUGGUCGACCUAAAACUGACCGUUACGGAACGUGGAAAUCCUUAUGUAUUGCUGUGCCUUUUAUUAUUCUCGGAGGAUGUAUAAGUAUGAAAGGUGCCGCCUAUUUGGAAGAACAUGAUAUAUUCGUUCCUGAAGAUGAUGACUGA